UAGUCCAAAACAAAAAAAAAAUUGAUAAAAUUUAUAUUAAAAUUUUUGUGAGUGUUUUUAUAACCAACCAAAAUAUUAACAGUAAAAUACUACUAACUAUUAUGUAAGAACAAACUCGAAACUCGCCGCAGAACACAAUCGUAAUAUGUCAGAAAGUUAUAUGCGAUAUUUACUGUAAAAAUUAUAACAUUUAAGGAAUAAGCAUCAAAAUAUCACCGUAGUCGGUUCUUAGCAUUUCACGAGUGAAAUACGAAGUACGAUAAAAAAUUAACCGGGAAACAGUGAAGUGCAAACGUUUUAAAAAUAUAAUUCAUUUUUAUUAAGAAGUAAAAAAAAAACUUAAUAAGUAGAACGAAAGUGAGUGAGAUAAAAAAAUAAUAAUUUACAUAAGUAAACAUGGGUUGCAAGUUAUCACAACUCGCAGCGUCUGAGUUCACGCACGAUCCGUUAGACCGACCACCACCGCCCUCAGACCCACGGUCACCUCUCACCGCCAAACAGCAAUACUGCAUAAUGGCAUCUUGGAAAGGAAUUUUCCGGCAGAUUGAAACAACGGGAAUCAUUUUAUUUGUUAAAUUAUUCGAAGAAAACGAAGAACUGCUCCACUUAUUUGAGGAUUUCCGUGAGCUUCGCUCGAAGGAAGCGUUCGUGAGUUCCGCAGAAUUAGCUGAGCACGCCACUAAGGUCAUGCACACACUGGAUGAAGGGAUCAAGGGCUUAGCAGACAUGGAUUCAUUCUUCGCUUACGUGAGACAUGUAGGGGAAACGCAUCGCCAAGUUCCAGGGUUCAAAGCAGAAAACUUCAUGAAAAUCGAGCAACCCUUCCUAGAAGCGGCGAAGACAACUUUGGGCGACAGAUACACGCCCAAUAUUGAAAAUAUCUACAAACUGACGAUCCGUUUUAUAUUAGAAAAUCUCGUGAAGGGCUAUGAAGAAGCGGGGCCGGAUUAUGUUACUACAGAAACCUGAUUAGCUUCAAUUGUUUGAAAUAUUUGCAAUGGAUUUAAUGCGACGGAUUUUUUAACACAUUUUUUCAACUUUGUUUUUUUGUUUUAAUUUCUUCUUUAUCUAUUAAAUUAAAUCAUACAUAUGUUAAAAUAUAUAAUAAUAUACAUAAUAUUAAUGUAAUCCCUAUUUCCCUAAAGGUGGUUUUCAAGGAUAUUUGAUUACCUUUGAUAUUACCGACUAUUGAAAGAUCAGACGAGCCCUCUCGCUUGAAUCCGCGCCAGCGUGGGCGAAAAGUUUACCACGGCGCGUUGGUGCUAGCACCCCGGGACAGAAAAGCCAGCUUCAGGGUACUAUGUCUUUGAACCGAUAAAUCAAUAGGCCGUACAUAAUAUACUUCUACUAAAGUUGAUAAAGUCGCGGUGUUUUAAUAAAAUCUUUUAAUAAUCUUAAUCAGGAUCAAAUACGGGCUUUGUAAGAUUAAUAAUAAUAUUCUCAAAAACAAUGCUUUCUAUUGGUUUGUUUCGCUCGAAAUGUUUUUUAUACCACACCACCGCCUAUUGACAUUGACUGUAGUCAAUGAAACGACAAUAAACUUUGGAACUAAGAUGUUAUGUCCCUAGUGCCUGCAGUUACACUGGCUCACUCACCGACACACAAUACUAAGUAUUGCUGCUUGGCGGUAGAAUAUAUGAUGAGUGGGCAGCACCUACCUAGAUGGGCUUGCACAGAGCCCUACCACCAAGUAUUGUUUUCUAUUUUGGACAAAAAUAACAAAAACUUUCAAAGUUGUCUAGAUCUGAAUAGAGAAAUACAAUCUUAAUAUUACGCUCCUUAGUUAAUUGUGAGUCUUGUUUUAGGAAUAGGUUUAACAAGCUGAAGGUGUCAGGAUCGAAUUUACAACUUUAAUAUCGUUGCGCGGCCCAUAUAACUUAAAGCUAUUGAGAAUUUUAAAAUAAGAUAGCGAUAAUCCUGCAAUAGCUCUGACGGUAGCGCGUCACUUACUAAUAAAAUAUUGACUAAUCAUAUUUCAGCCUAAGCGACUCUCUUCAAAGAAUCACAUUGUAUAAAUAGCUGUAUUUCUCCCACCCACAAGUGGCAGAGCGUACCGCUUCGAUUUUUUUAUAUCGUUGAGUACUUUGUCCUACUUUGUCCUAUUAUUUCUUAUUGUUACUCAUUUUUACGAUUUAUUUUAUUGUUUCUUUCAUGCUUUGAUAAAGUAUCAGCAUAAAAGGGCUUCAAAGCGAUGCAAAGCACUUACAUCACAUGUGGGAAUACAAUUUGACACCUUCGAAAUCUAUUGCUUAUACAUAAUGAAUAUUUUAUAACAUUUUUAUGAAAGUUACUGUCUGUCUUUUACGCUUUCAAGACGUAAACUACUGAACGGAUUUUAAUAAAAUUUGGUAUGAAGCAAGCUUAAGCUCCAAGGAUGAAGAUUACUCUUUUGUACCUAAUACUCGCCCCUCUCCUCUUAACACGCGGGCGAGUACUAGUAAAUUAUAAAUGUUAAAAUAUAUAUGUUGAUAAAUGUUAUAUAUGAAAAUUAGUAAUUAUUAUCAUUUGUAGUCUAUUCGUUUAUGUAUCGUUCACUCGAACGAGGCGAAGUGUUAUAUGCUUGUUAUACACGUGUUAUGUGGCGCGAGUUAUAUCGGUUAAUCGAGAUAACCUGUAAAUGUUCCACAGCAAUAGGGCUACAAGAACAAACACGAAACACAUUGAAAACGGUCGUGAAAUAUCAGAAAGCGAUAUGAGACAUUGACCGUUAUAAUUAUAACAUUUCAAGAUACACGCAUCAAAAUUGCAUAUCUCAAUAAGUCGGUUAUCAACGUUUCACGGGUGAACAAUGAAGUGCUAAAGAAAGCUAAGGCUUUGUCUCGUUUAGAAUGUUUACAAAAAUAUAAAAGAGCUAAAUCAAAAUAUAAGUACAUAUUAAAUUCGUCACUUUGUAAACUAAAAUAAAGUAUAUUAUCUAAUUGUAAAGAAAAUAUAGACAAGGAUAACACUAUUGCUUAUAAUUAAUAACAAAUCUACAAUUAAAGAGUUUGUUUGAUGGCUUGUUAGAACGCGAUCUAAUAAAGUAUAACGCAGGUGUAACCGCGCGGUGCAGCUUGUUUAUAAUAUUUAUAUUACUGUCAUGUUUCUCGAAGGUUUGCUUAUGUAAAAUUUUAAGUAUAUAUAUAGUUUAACAAAUUAUAUAACAUAAGUUGUUAUGUAUUACAUUAUUGUUAUUGAGUCUAUUAAAUCUAUUGAUGUCGA